GACGUCGAAUUGUAGAGAGUACGUGCAGGUAUGGACAACAGAAAUGGGGUGCACGGUAACUAUGGACAGAAAGCCAGCAUCUCAAGCAGAAAUACGUUCUUUUAGACGCCAGAUUUCUCUUAGUGAUCUAGAAAGGUUCAUGAGAACUAAAAUUGACAGGGGUUUGAUCUCGGAUUCUCAUGAUUCUGAUCUACCGACGAGAAGAGAAAUUGAAACUGCCAGCAAUCAUGUACAAGUGUACGGGCGGAUUUGCACAACAAGAGGCGCCGACGUUCCCCCGGUGAAUCUCUCCGAUGUUCCUGGUCGCAAAACAGUAUUCUUAUUUGGCCCUGAUACAGUUCAUGGUGCUUUGAUUGAACAUAUUCAUGACCCCUACGCAAUGCUUCUUAAGCUGGGAUUUCUUCCGGAGUACAUACAUAUGAAGCUAUUUAAACAAAAGGCAUGCUACUGGCUAGUCUUACUAACCCCAACCCAAGAAUCUUUCCAGUCCUCAUGUACCUCAUCCAGUCAUGGGAAUCUGACAUCAGUUCCAACCGUUCCUGCAACAUGGGAAGGUCUUCUAUCAUUCAUUCAUGCUUGCUACCCUGAGGCAUUGCCUGCCGUCCAAGCCCACUGGGACAUCAUCACCACCAAACCAGUUGAGUAUUUUGAAGAGAAGUCCGACGUCCGUUUCAUCGACGCCAUCGCCGAUCACCAGGCACCGACCUUCAUGAGCUAUCAGAAGUUCAGGGAGCUUCCUCAGCCUCAGAAGGACUGGGAGACAAGACUGUUCCUCUACUGUGAGAUACGGAUCUUAGAACUCUUCUCGGGUGAUGGACAUACAUGGACUGAAGCAGGGGUGAAGGGGGAGAAAGAAUACCUGGCCCCAAAUUACCAUUUUGAGACCGAUCUUGGACCAGAGAACUACAUAGUUAUUCCACUCAAGGUUGAUAUUCCGCAGGAUAUCAAGGAUAAGUAUGAUGAUAGUUGAACAAAACUUGUUUACUAGGCAAGUGGAUGGCUUCUUUAUUGAAUUCUUUACUGGUAUGCAUGGGUUAUUGUAACUGAGUGGUUAUGUAUUCUUGUCCAAAGCCGAUGAUUAGUGCUCUUCGUAAUAUAUGCAUGCAAGAUGCGCUGAUUGUCAUUGAAACUACCUCAAAAUUGACUGAUUUUUUAAUUGAAAGAUUGCAGAUUUUCAACCGUUUUCUUAUUGAUUGAUUGGAUUGCGAGUAAACGUGUAAGGGGGAUAUUAAUGUUGGCAGGUCUGUCCCUGUGCAAAUUCAUGGAUUUCUGGGGCCCUUCUUAUAAAGAGUUGCGAUUGAUCCAAUCAAUCGUAACUCUAAGGAAAUCUAUCAGUGUUAUAAAUUUUUCUUUAGGAAAUUUGCACAAUCAGUGUCAUAAAUUUUUCUACAGAAAAUUUGCACAGAAAAAU